AUGUAUUUCCGCCGUCGUUUCGAGCAUCUCGGCGACCCCGAUGACCUGGUCCGCGCCAUCACAGUACAACACCUGAAGAGCACAUUCCCGUUGUACGAUGGCCCGCUUUCGCUUUCCGACCUAAUGGCAACUACCGCUGAUAGCGCCGAGCUCGCGUUACUCUCCGCAUGCCAGACCGCCGUCGGUGAGGAGAAGAUCCCCGAAGAGUCGAUGCACCUCACAGCGAGUAUGCUCGCCGUCGGGUACAAGGGUGUUGUCGCGACAAUGUGGUCGAUACGCGACGACGACGCGCCGUUGGUCGUCGAGACGUACUACAGGAAGCUGCUUGAGCUUCGUGCACUGGGGAUGCUCGAGAAGGGGGAUACGGGCGCGGCGUAUGCGCUGCAUGAGGAGACGAAGCGACUGAGGGAAGAAGUCGGGGAGUCGGACGUCGUUCGAUGGGCACCGUUCGUACAUUUCGGUAUAUAG